GUAGCUAUGUGACAGAGAGGCUGCUGCUUUAUCCCGGACCCCCCGCGUCUCGGUCUCCCCCGUCCGCUCAGGAUGGACCCGAGGAGAGCUGAACCGGACCGCUACACCAGCAUCAACCCGGUAUCGCUGUACGGGGAAUUCACGGUCACUGGUAACCGAAAAGUCAGGUGUGCCGUGAGCUUGACCGAGUGCGACCUCAUCAUCCAGAAGCUGACUUCGGCACCUGUCGGGCGGAACAAGGUGGUGCUCAGCCUGAAGGACUGCGUCGGUUGCCGGGCUUACCGGGAGGAUGACAACGCGGACCCCGCAGCGUACUUGGCAGUCUACUUCUACCCGCUCAAACGCCGCUGGAUGAGUUCCGGGGUGUCGCGGCAGAGAGCGGAGCAGUGCUUUCGCCUCGCCGCGCUCCAGGAUCCGCGCGCUAACCUGGAGGAGGCGGAGAAGUGGGCUCGCGCUGUCCGAGAACGUUCUGCAAGGCAACGGUACCUAAGAGACGGGGUGUUGAUGAGCGAGUUGUCUCGUCCAAGCCGGAUGAUGCUGCUGGUGAACCCACAGAGCGGGAAAGGACACGCGCUCACACUCUACAACAACCACAUUCAGAGAAUGCUCAACGAGGCGGGAGUCACACACACUUUGGUCAUCACCGAGCGGCAGAACCACGCCCGAGAGCUGGUGAAGGAGGCUGACCUUUCACAGUGGGACGCUCUAGUCAUCAUGUCUGGAGAUGGACUCCUGUUUGAGGUGAUAAAUGGUUUGCUGGAGAGACCAGACUGGGAGGAGGCCAUCCGGACCCCGCUGGGUAUCCUUCCUAGUGGAUCAGGCAACGCUUUGGCUGCAUCGGUACAUCACUACACUGGAGCCUCGCCAGUGUCCAGCGAGGAGCUCCUGGUCAGCUGUGGUUUCCUGCUCUGUCAAGGACUCGUGGCCCACAUGGACCUGGUCUCCAUCCAUCUGUCCUCCGGCCUUCGUCUCUUCUCCUUCCUCUCGCUGGCCUGGGGCUUCGUGGCCGACGUGGACAUAGAGAGCGAGAAGUACCGUCACGUGGGAGCUGCCCGGUUCACUGUCGGCACGCUGGUGAGGCUGGCUUGUCUCCGCGUCUACAAGGGCAAACUGGCUUACCUGCCCGCCACCGAGGACUACAGCAAGGAGGAGGGUUUAGGAAAUAACAUGAAGCUGCACUGCAACAAUCAGGCGUCCUCCUUGGCUGCGGUCUCUCGACCAUCCAGAGACUCUCCCUGCCAGAAUACCUUCCACAACUCCUGCCACUCCAACAACUCCCUCAAAGUGAGGAGGACGGAGAGCACGCCUUCUAGAAGCGCCACCAAACCCCUCGCCGGCCCGUCUGACUCCCUGCUGCUGCCUCUGGACCAGCCCCUGCCCAGCAACUGGGUGGUAGUGCCGGAGGAAGACUUCGUCCUCAUGCUGGCCAUGUACCAGUCCCACCUGGCUGAGGAUCUGAUGGCAGCACCAGACGCCACCACAGACGAUGGAGUCAUCCAUCUCUUCUACGUCAGAGCAGGAAUAUCACGCACUGCGCUGCUGAGGCUGUUCCUAGCCAUGGAGAAGGGUGCACAUCUGAGUACUAACUGUCAACACUUGGUGCACACGAAGGUGCGGGCGCUCAGACUGGAGCCGUAUUCACCUAAAGGGAUAAUAACAGUAGACGGAGAGGUGGUGGAGUAUGGGCCGCUGCAGGCAGAGGUGCACAGAGGCCUGGGGAGAUUAAUCAGUGGAUGAACAAACACCAGCUUUCACCUCUGCUGUUAAAGGCCCAAUAAAAACAUUUUAGAAUUUCAAAUUAGAAAUGUGCAGGUACGGAGCAAAGCAAUGGAUGUAACUCUCACUCACUGUUAUCUGCAACGUCAGCCUCUCAUCGGUACACAGAAGACCCGUGUUUUAUGCUAUGAUAUGACAAACAAGUGCCACGUAUGGAGGCCCAAGGAGUUCAAUAUUAAAUAAAUUUGUCAAACGUUAUUAAAUGGAUAGAAUUAAAUUAUAAAUGCAGACAGGAUGCAUAAUAUAAUCAUCCAAUUUUAAAAUAACCUGAAACAUUUUUAUAUUGUUCUUUCAUUCUGCUUCUUUUCACAACAACAGUGUUUAUUUUAUGUCACACUGUUUGUUUUUAAUUCAAAGACAUAUUAUUUCAGAAAGUCUUUGUCAGUCAAGAUACACUUUAAUGAUAUACCGGUACUGACGAUAACAGUGAUAUUAAAAAGUGAAAUAUUGAUAUCAUGUUAAUAAUACAUAUCUGCUAAUAUGAUGAAAAUCAUGCAUCGCCUGGUAAAUCAUUCCGUUUCUUUCCGUUUACGCUUUGUCUCCCUCCCGCAACGCCAUUCGGUUGCCCUUUCACUAUCCAUUAAGUGCAAUUUUGAACUUUUAUGAUGACAGACUCUCUCUUCACCCCACUACACUCGUAUUUUGAGUGCAAGUCAUUUGCCAAAAAGAGACAAAACACACAGUAAAGAAAGUUAAAUUUGACUGAUAGAAUUUUCCUUUUUUUCCCCCAAAGUUUCAAUAGAUAUCCCAAAAAUAUCAUUAUUGUGAACUCUUUUGGCCACAACAAUCAUGUAGUGAAAAUCUGAUAUCAUGUCAGCCCUUUUCUAAAAUACAUAUAUAUAUAUAUAUAUAUAUAUAUAUAUAUAUAUAUAUAUAAAAUACAUAAUUUUUUUAUGGUUAACAUGUGCACACAAAUAAAAAAUAAAAAUUUGAAGGACAUUUUACUUUGGAGCAGCUUACUGAGAAGGAAAUUUUCAAAAAAGAAAAGAGAAAAAUGAAACAAAGUAAAAAUGAUCUGCAACAAACUGCUAUUAUGUAAAGAAACAAGCUAUAUUUUCACAGUAAUGCGCUGAGGUUUGUUUCACAGUUUCAUGCCUGUGUUUAAUAUUGAACUCUUUGGGACUCCGUUGCCACAUUUGAGCUUACUGUAGAUGUGUCAGCAUCAAUUUACAAAUCAAACCAAUACGAUUCAUCAUCUCAUGACGAAGCCUUUGGCCUCCAUGUGAAGUAAAACCAUCACCGUCUUCAGCCUCCAGUAUCUCAUCUUUACUAUCACUGCAUGGAGAAGGUUUCCUCUUUGUGCUGAAGCUGACAUAUCAAACUGAAUUACAGCAUCUUCAGUAACAGGAAAGGGUUGGAUUUAUGCCUUUAUGGUUCCUCUGCAGUACGUUGGAGAUCGUGUGUGUGUGUGUGUGUGUGUGUGUGUGUGUGUGUGUGUGUGUGAGAGAGAUGCAGUAAAUGUGAGGAAGCAGGGAUCUCAUCUUGGCCCUGGUUUUAACAGAGGCGAACAGGCUUUGUGACUGUUUAUCGACCACAGAGAGCCUGAAACACUCAAACUAAGAAUUAACUGACGCAGAGACUGACGAGGUGGGAACGUGGUUCUCCAGAGAAAGUAGAUUUCAAUACCAAACUUGUGCAAAAUACCUCCUGGAACGUGCUGAACAUCUCAGACUGAUGAUAACAGUGUUCAUUGGCUCCUGCAGCUCUCUGGACGGGUGAUUGAUGUGUUUUAGUGCCUCAGUGUGCUCCAAGGCUGCAUCCCUCCAUCCCUUUUUCCUCUUCUGCUUUCAUCCAUCCAUCCGCUGCUUUAAAGGGGACCUAUUAUGCUCAUUUACAGGUUCAUACUUGUACUUGAGGUUUCUACGAGAACAUGACUACCUGCUUUACUGUUCAAAAACACUUUAUUUUCCUCUUACUGUCUGCUGGAACCUGUGUAUUCACCCUCUGUCUGAAACGCUCCGUUUUAGCACCUGUCUCUUUAAGUCCCCCCUCCUGAAUAAGCCCAGUCUGCUGUGAUUGGUCAUUAUUGCAGCUGGGGGAAUGACAGUAACCGAAAAGACAGAGAAUCACCAAAAAAAAGCAUGUAAACCAAAAUCUUCACAACUGUUACAGAAGGAAAAUGAUCCAAAAAUGAGGAGAAUUAACAACAUCACCUAACAUUACAUGUUUCCCUGACAUUAGCAUGUAGCUACAUGUAGCGGUGUGCUUGCAGCCAGGGUACGACAGUAGCGUAACAGUGCUUUCUACCAUGAAAAAUCACCAAUGACAGCUUCUAAACCAAAAAACUGGACAUGUUCCAGCAGGUGUAUGAUCCAAAUUUGGGGAGAAAUUCAAAGCAACCAAAAUCACAGGUUUCCCUGAUGUUAGCAUGUAGCUACAUGUAGCAGUGUAGCCUACGUAAUGUAAACACUUGUAGUAAUGUGCCUGGAGCAGAUGACCAUCUAAAGAAAUCCAUCACGAGCUCAUGUAAUCUGGUCUCGAAAGUAGAAAAAGUUUUUUUGUUUUUGUUUACCUCAUUAUUUGAACGUUUUUCCAAAUUUAAUACUAACAUCUGACAUUUUAACAUUAUAUAUAUGACAGAAAAUAAAGAAAAGCAUAAUAGGUUCCUUUUAAUUACUGCAGUCCUGAGUGUUUCUGGCCCCAGUUGCUUUUCAGACACACACACCCACACACACACACACGCACAGGCUGUCCCUAUGGGAGAUUUAUUAAUGAUCAUCACCUAGGUGUCCUUACCAUUGAGCUUCAGGUCACACAGAGGAAACGAGGCUUCGGCCUGCACGGGCAGUAAAGUCAGAUUUUUAAAUGUGUUUUUAAUUGCGAUCCAAAUCUCUUCAGACAUUUGUUUGAUUCACUUUCACAAAAAUCAGAUGUGGACACAAAGAAAUCAGUUUUUCGUUGAGUCAGAGUGAGAUGAACUCUGAGUGGCCUUAAGCGAGAGUUUUAGAGGGUUCAAGCUGGUUAAAACAGCAUGUUGAGUGUAGGGAGUGCAUGGAGGGGGUGGUGGUGGGGGGGGGUAUCGACUUGUUAAAUGCUGCAUGAGGUAGGCGGCGUUGUGUUCCUGUCAGUGCGCCCUUAUUCUUCCUCCUCACCACAAGAGAUAAUUUGUGAGCAUUAGAAAACUGUCCUGACACUGGAGGAAGAGAGGUGGACUUGUUUCAGCUCAUUUCACCUCAAAGCAAACACUCACACACACACACAACAGAGGCAUCAACAAAUCCAAAAAAAUUUGACUUACUGUUGUUUGUCAUUUUAAAUACAAGAUUUUCAUGUUUUUUGUUUUUAAUCAGCUGUUUAACACUGUAAUGAAUUGACUUGUGAAAGACCAAAAUUAAUUUAUUUUAAUAACAUUGUUUUUUUCUACAUGUAUUUGCACAAUGUAAGUCUGUUGCCAACGCCGCAUCAAAGCCUUUUGCGGGACCUUGGUGUCGAUUUCCUGUCAUUUAACUCAUGUAGUCGGUUUAAAUUGUGUUUACUCAUGAAGGACUCUGCGACAGGAAUCCAGCUGACGAGCUACAAGCACAUAAGAAGGAAACAGUACUUGAAGUCAUGCUUGUUCCACUUUGCUUUCGCUGAUGUUUUAGGGGACAAAUGUGGUCCGUAGCACCAAAAACCUGGAGUCAGGUUACUGACUGUUAAAUGUCGACGUACUGUACACCCAACACAGUGUUUCCCAACCUCUUAGGCUUGUGACCUUUUAAGAUGAGGUCUACUUGUGAGUUCAAGCAAGAAUUACCUGCUGAGACUGUUUCAUUUGAAAGAUUUUAGGGGCCUAGUAAUGAAUGAGAAAGACGGAUGGAUUGAAAAACUAAAAAAAAAUCUUCUGUUACCUUUGACCCUGCAGAUUUUUCUUAGUUGGGAACCACAAAUAUAACAAUAAUCUUUUUUACACCACAGAGUGCUACUGACCACGCUCAUACAUUUUAUUUUCUAUGCAAUGUCAGGGUUCUUGUGAGUGCUGCAGUGGUCCUUCUACCUGUUUGAUGUGCCUUGAUUGUGCUGCCUCCUGGUGGUUUGAGCACGGUGGUGCAUUCACUGAUUUCUCAUUUGAACAUCAACUCAUUUGUUUUCUCAUCACCAUUAAAAAUGCUCAGAGGAGCAGACACAUUAUUGAACAAACUGGAGACAGUAAAACAUCAGAAAAAUAAGUGUAAUUGUGGCACGUUGCUGUUUUGACUGUAGAAACUGUUAUAUUGUUGCCAUGGUGCCACCUCUUCAUCAAUCACUACUGGGGAGAGCUUUAAGUCUUCAGCUUUUCAUUGAGGAGAAUAAAUUGGAGUGACAGCCUUCAGCCUGAAUUCAAUUUCUCCGUGUGGGUCGGUGUGAUUGAAAACCCAAAUGAGUUAAAUCAGACGGAUAAAAGUUUGAGAUGACGAGGGACCUGACGUCUGUUGUGUCAGCGACCUGAAGACAGAUGAAAGAAACUGUUGAUUUGCUGUUUACGUCUUUACCUGCUGCUUCUCAACUGUCGUUGUCUUGUGUGUUUUAUGUUAAUGGCGAAGGGAAAAUAGUUGUUUUUAUUUUUUUUCUGGCACAUUGAAGAUUGAAUGAUUGAUUCUAUAUUCACAGAGAGAUCUAUUUUUCCAUUAGACAAAUGUCUGUAAUUUUUCUAUAAUCGAAACAAACAUUCUGCUGAGUGUUUUUGAUUGAGAAAUUAAAAUAAAUGAAGAUAAAGAA